CCAGACAAAGUCGCAGCACAAAAGCUAGGUAGUAUCAUCACUGAUUAGAUGGCAAUCAAUUUCUAAUUUCGGUUUUCAUUUUACCGCUUUGACAAACACACUAAUUACAGUGCUUUGAAUAAGGAGAGCAGAAUUUUACAGAAAGACAAAAAGCGCGUUUUGCGGGAUGCACCAUAUUAACCCAAGUAAUUCGUUUUUACCUUUUGUGGCUCGUGCUGUCUGUCUGUUCUAAAAAUAUACACAACUUUUUCUCAAAGUCAAUUACAUUGAGGUUUUUACCUAAGUGGUUGCUGCUAACAACAACCAUAGGGCCGACGGAAAAAGUUGUGUGCACCCACCCAUAGAACUCCUAUAAAUGCAGACAAAUUAAGAGAAAACAUUUUAGUAUUUGAAUAAAGGUGUCGGUUGCGGUUGUGUCCCGCUGUUGAGGUGAAACCAACGAGAAAAGGUCAUAGUGCGUAGAACGAAAUUUACCUUUAAAGUGCAAGAAAUAAAUUGGUUUUACGAAAUAAAAUUUGCAAUUGGCGAAAAUGUCUGCGGUAACGCGUGGCCGACAGUGUUUGUGUAUGGCAGGGCUUGUUUUGCAAUUUUUGAUCCUUUUCAAAUGCUGCCCGAUUACCGUGACCAUAACAAUACCAAGAAGGACAGCCAAUAAUGUGAGUGACACAGUUGAGUUGAUGACACUGCGUGCUGUUGGUCGCUCGGUCACACAGUGCUUGGCAGCGACGGAACAGUGGCCAUGUUUGGAGAAUCAAUUGCUGAGGUUCGUCGAUGCCGUCGCACAGGACAACAGCACGUGGCAAUGGGGGGAUUACAUUUUCGUCGAGAAGUUGACAGGCAAUAAGAGUGAAGAACAGCUAAAUUUUUCGAAAAAUCAGGCACCUCGACAACGCUCACUCCAAGCAGAAGGUGACAGCCAGCAUAACGAGAGUGGGAUUGCAGCGGGUUUGUUGCAGCUGGCUAAAACGCGUUCAAUUCGCUUGCAGUUGCCAACCUCCGUUGGAACACUGACAAAAAUUGGCGCUGGAAUCUCGGAUGCAAUCGAUGGGCUGGCGUUGCAGAACAUUGCGCCGGCUGAAACGUUGCCCGAAACGGAGGCGGCGCAAGCGGAUGAAGGACGCAAAAAAAAGGGCAAAGACAAAAAUAUGGCAAUGAUGGGUGGAAUGGCAAUGAUGGCUAUGGUCGCGCAAAUGUUCCUCGGCAAGGUGAUCCUGAUCGCGGGCGCCGCCUUCGUUAUGGCGAAAAUAGCACUGAUCGUUUCCGUACUCGGCAGUCUCAAAAAGGGAUCGACUGGAAGUAGCGUUAGCACGGAGCGUAUUGUUGUAACCGGCCAAGGACAUGGCAGCGGAGGUGGUCACGGCGGAUAUGAGCACGAUGAAGGAUGGCAUCGUCGCAUGCCACAUAUUUAUCCUGUGACAGAAAUAAUCAGCGAAGGGCUACAGCCUGUCAAAGCUUAUCAUCACUCGCCUACGCCACCUCCUCCACCAAAAGCUUCCGCUAGUCAUCAAAAUCACCGCUAUUACGUCAAUGAAAUCAACGAAGCAGCUAAUGAAGACACAGAUGAUGGUUAUAGACGCAGACAGGCGCAAGCUGGAUUUCUUUAGAGUUAAUUGAGAUUAUUAAGUGAAAAUGUUCAUUAUGACAAACAUAUUGAUAUAAGUGUGUAGCAAAGUAGAAAAUGAAAAAUCUUAAAAAUGGGAAGCGAAUGUUUUCUUUAUUACGUCGAUAAGCUUACAGACUAGAACUUACUUGGCUACAAAUACAUACAACACAACUAGAUAUAUUAAGCAUUAGGUUUAACAAUGAUAUAAAUACAUAUAUGUAUAUAAAUAAAAAUGUAAAUAACACCAGUGUGCCUU